UAAAUAAAACUUUAGCGAUAUUCGAAUAGAAGUAAUCGGUUAGAUCCCAUACGAGAAAAUUUAUUAAAAAAAUAAAGAUUUAUGUUAACACGAGAAUAAUUCGCAUAAUAUUUGGACAUUUAUAUCCAAUUUUAUGAGUAUUAAUGUAAUAAAUUAAGGACUUAAAAUCGUGAAUUGAGUGAAAUUAUAGUGUAAAAAAUAUAUUUCUUAUUAUCCAGUACGAUUUAUUGAGUUAAAGAGAAAAAAAAAACAUCAAAUUCUUCACAGAAACAAGUUCAAUGUGUGUUAAAAAAGAAAUAAGAAAUCUCUCGAGUUUGUGUGUAAUUUCAGGUUUCUUUUCUGAGCACAUAUACAAAUCAACAGCAUGAGAGUUAUGUGAUUUUUCUUUAUCUCCACGGAAUAUAUACAUGCUUGUGAAAAAAAAAGUUAUUUUUCCUUGCCUUCGCAUAAGCUUGCAUGUAACGAGCAAAUAAUUUAAGUCGAAAAAAUAUGCCUAUUAUGACCCCAUAGAUAACAGCAUAACAGAUAGAUAAAGUAACUUGGUAAAUAAAGAGCGUAAAGAGUGUAAAUAGCGCAUUAUUUACACAAUUACAUCAGAUACAUAUCUCUUAUAAAGAGAACAGCUAGCAGAGCUCAAAACAAUUAAAGCGAGUAUUAUUGAAUCGUCAAACACACGACGACAACUAAGGCAGCAGCAAAAAGUUAAUUAAUAUUUGUUGCCGUCUUUCACUUCCAACAAUAACAAAUAUGUGCAAAAAUAAAAGAGUUUAAUUAAACUUAACAUCCAGGCAAAGAAUCUUACGAACGUGUCGAGUGGAAUUUAAUUUUUUUUUUGUCGUAUUUACUUUUAAAAAGAGACACAAUUUGCGAGACCACGAAAAAGUUGUAAGUGAUCAUAAGAAGUCAUAAAAAGAGGUGUAAUAUAACAACAAAGGAAGAAAUCAUUUUGAAUGAGAGAAAAAAAAAAUAAAAUAAGAUCCAGUAAGAAGAAGAGACGAUGAUGAUGAAGAAAGAAAAGAAUUACACAUAAAAAAAUUAUCAAAGUCCAUUUGCUGGUAUUGUGAAACUUCAUAGAGAGUAAAAACAAAUGAAACGUAACGAAAAAAAUUACUUUCUUAUGAACUUAAUUGUUAAAUUGGAUUUCAAUUAGUUUUUUUUUUGAAUCUUCCAUUAAUGACCCUUUUUUCAAUUGCACUUACUCUCGAAUUUAAUUUUUUUUUGUGAAUGAUGAGGAAAAAGACGACUAAAUUGUAUUGAACUCAAGUUAUUAAUUUGUGCUUGUGUGUCUGUGUGAGAGAAAAAAAAACUCUAAAAAAAGGAACAAUAAUUUAAUUAAUAACAAUAAAUCAGCGAGAUAUUGAUUAAAUAACAAUGUUGAGCAAUAAUCGUUGCAUUGCUGAAUGCCGCAAAUUUUCACCCAACAUAUUCAACAAGAAUAAGUGUACGGGUUGUUUUGGCAAACGAGAGGAACAUAAUGCUGCUGCACUUGAUCAUAAUCGGGCUUCAAGGAAGGUUUCAAAAUGUGGUUACUUAUUUGUAGCACCACAAGAUUGGGAUUGGAAUAAUCCGCUGUAUAGAACAAAGCGGUGGCAAAGGAGAUGGUUUAUUCUAUUCGAUGAUGGUGAACUCACAUAUUCUGUGGAUGAUCAUCUUGAAACUGUACCACAAGCAAGUAUUAACAUGUCGGACGUAAUUGAGGUCGCUGAUGCCGAACAAAUCACGGGACACUGUCACUCAAUUCUAAUUCAAACACCCGACUUAUCAACAUUUGUCAAAGGCACGUGUCAGGAGGAAUCAAAGUGGUGGUACAACAUACUCGUACAAUUUGUCAAAUCAAAAGUGCGACACCAUAAGCGAAAUACCUUUCUUAAAGGUCAAAAUCAGAAAUUUUACAAUGAGGCUGGUAAAUCGCCACCAACAAGAGACAAAUUACAACCGGAGAGUAAGGCACAGGUUCGAUCAGGUCGUGGAAAUCGAGAGACUGAUGCCACAGAUUCUCCUUCACUAUUCUAUGAGGACGUAAUCAGGGAUGAAAAACUCAAAGAUAUUGCAAAUAAGAUUACAAAUAUUACGUCAUCAUCAACAGCUCAGGAAAUUGAUAGAAAGAAUCGAUGGACAAUGAGUGACACGCAGAUAAUUAUUGAUGAGACUCCGACGCGUGACGAUGUAAAUAAGCAGAAACGUCCACAAAGUUUAUCGAUCAUAUCGACAGCACCAUCAAUUAUCUCUGUCGUAAAAAAGAAAUCAGCACCCCCCGAAAUAAUCAAUUAUCAGAAAACGUCGCAUUCGCAUGAGCGAGGUGAUCCUGACGGUGAUUGUGGCAUGGAAGAUUCACCGACAAAUUAUUGCAAUAAAGCCACGGAACUGCGAGUCAAAUUGCCGUCAGAAGAAAUUUUACAUAGUAAAAGUGGAUGGCUGUGGAUGGAAGAUCAUCAAUGUGAAUGGUGUAAAUAUUGGUUCUCAUUAAAGGGCGGUGGCUUGUUUUAUUAUCGUGAUCCGAGUGCUGAAGAGCGUGGCGUACUUGACGGCAUUCUAGAUGUCAACAGUAUUACCAGCAUCAAAGAAAUUACAACCAGUCGAUCUCAUUCUUUUCAAUUAACGACAUGGGACAACAAGCGAUUAAACCUUUCAUCAGUUACAUCAAAUGUUAAAAACAAUUGGAUCAAUGCUCUACGAAAUGCUUCCGGUCUCGUCGAUAAUGCUAUUAACCAAACGUUAGAUGAAACGAAUAAUAAUAAUAAUAAAAAUAAUAUAACUAAAUCCAAUAACGAAAUAUCAACAACGACAGGAACAACGGUUGUUUCGGCUGUUAAUAAUCGAAAUCUAAAGAAAUUAGAGAUGCCGUCUUAUCAAGAUGAGAAUGGCAUAAGCCUUGAGAAGAAGGCAAAACAUUCAUUAUCAUUAUCAUCACCAUUAACCCCAUGUACCUCAGGAUCAUCACGUCCUAUUCUAUUCUCCUCAGACGAGGAAUACAAGACGGCAUCCGAAGGUGGUAGACGUGAAAGCAUUGACUGGGGCUCACCUCUAUCACCAUCGAAUCCUAUUCAAAUAACAAUUCAAUCCCAUGCCAAAGAAAGCAAAAUUCGUUCCAACUUACGAAAUAAUCUUCAUAAACGUAGUCUCUCAUCACCACCAACAUCACGACGAAGUACAAUUGACAGUAACGAUGAUUUUGUUGCCAUUUCAACAGUACGAGAAGAGGAGCGUACGGCAAAUAUUGAAAAUGAAUUUAAUGUGAGAUUGAUGGCUUCGGAAAAAAAGCUUUCGAUGAUGCACGAUGAGGCGCGUGAACGUGAUAUUAGAAUGGCUAAGCUACUUGAGACGCUCGAGAAAACCGAGAUGGAAUUGGCAGCAAGACGAAAGGAAAAUGAAGAGAUGAAGGAAAAAUUACUUAAAGAGCUGAUGGAAAAUCGUGAAAGUGCUAAGAAAAUUAUUAAUAAAUUGACAGAUGAGCUGGUCGAGAGUCAGAAUAAGAUGAGUGAAAUUGAGAAUCAAUUACAGCGUGGAAUUGAAGAGAAUGAUUCAUUAUAUCAAAAAAUAAGAAGUCUAGAAUCAUCGGUUGUGCCAUCAUCGUCGUCAACAACUAGUCUUAUAAAUGCCAAUAAAUCAUCAGGCGAUCGAAUCCGUCGUAUGGAUUCAUUUAGUGAUCUCACGUGCUUAAAUAAUGUCGAUCCCGACGAGUUAGAUAAAGAGUCAUUAGUAAGUGAAUAUCAAGAGUUAAAACAGCGAUUUGAAAAGGUUGUUAAUGAAUUGAAAAUGAUGAAGCGUGAACUUCGCGAAUCAUAUAAUUCAUAUGACAAUCUUGACUUGGCACACACGAGUCUAAGACAAGAUUUAGAGAGGAAGCACAAUGAAUUUCAAAUGAGAAAUAGGAUGAUGGCUGACAGAAUUCAAGAUUUAACAAAUAAAUAUUCAGCAGCUGAGAAGCAAGUUAGAAUAUUAAAGCAGAAACUUAUGAAAUCCGAGAGAAAAAGAACGUCAUCGCUUAAGGGUAAAGAGACAUUGCAAGUACAGAAAGAGUUGGAGGACAAAGUAAUGGAAUUAGAGGGACGUUUCGAAAUUAAUCAUGAUGUUGAAAUGCCAUCACCUAAUUGUAGUUUACGUGCAUCGCCAGCACGAUGUGAAACACCUGAGAAGCAAAGAUCGACAAAGCUAAGACGAAAAUCUCUCGAUUCUGUGUCAAGUCAACCGAUGCAAUUAUUAGUACGAUUAAAUGCACUCGAGAAACGUUUUGAAAAUAAUAGUAAUUUAAGCUUAUCAGCUCAAUCCUCAAGUUCCGCUGAUUCGAGUCAUCAUCAUCACAACAACAACCAUAAAUAUGAUCAUAAUUCACAUAAUAAGACGAUCGAUGAGAUGAGAGAAAAUUUAAGAAAUUUAGAAAAUGUUGUGGCCUCAAGUCGAAACAUAAUGGACGAAAGUCUUCAACUGAUACACCAUUAUAAUAAAUCAUUAAGAUCACGAUGCUCUGAGACAUUAAAAGUUGAACAGCUGCUCGUGGAAUCUGUCAAAAUAUUAAAUGAAUGUCAACAUAGAGAUCAUUCAAUGUCUCUAAUAGAGACGACAUCAACAGGUGACGAAAUCAUUCAAGAAACAGGUUCCGUUAAGCUUGCAUUGCUUCAACUUGAGUCCCAACUCAAGGCCAAAUUGAGUGAAUUAUUAAAGCAAAGGCGAAUUUUGAGAGAGACUAAUAAACUUUCACAUAAAAAAGAUUUGGAAUUACUUGCCGAGAGGUUAGCAUUUGAAAGUGUUUGCUUUGGAAAAUUAAGAGAUUCAUUAAGUCGUGCCGAUCAACUUGAUAAAUUUGUUGAGCAUCAAACAAAAUGUGAAAUUGUUGAGACAACACAACUGAUGGCGCUACUUAAGGCAAAAUUGUGCGGUAAAACAUCAUCGAUCAAAAACACUGGAAGUCUUGAUGUACUUGCACAAGUUCUAGCACGUCGGCUUCUAUUAACAGCCUCAAAACUCGGUCAAAUGAAUGAACUUAUAACAUCAACAUCAUUCACAUCGACUUCAUCGGCUGCUGACUUAAAUUUCGUGGAAGAUCUUUUGCGACAACAAAAUGAAUUGCAUCUAAUAACGAAGCGUUACAAAAUCAACACGAUCGAAAACCUUGCGUACGAUUUAGCGGCUGAAACAUUAAACUAUAUUUCAGCAAAUAAUGCAAUUCAAGGUGCAGUACAAGAAGCAUGGCGUUAUGCGCAAGAAACUGUAAAUUCGGAAUUAAUACAAUAUGAAAUAAGCCAUAUCAUGCAGAAAACAGCGAAGCGUUAUGAAAAUUCAUUAACAUCGUCAUUUGGAUAUACAUUAACAUCGCAAGAGCGAAUAAGUUUCGAAGUUUUUGCCGAUGCCGUGCAAGAUUCGUUGCGUAAAGAAAUGGAAUCGACAAUCAGUCAAUUAACUCAGUGCUACGAAGAGAAUUUGACAAAAAUGAAGCAAGGUCAAUGGAGGCUACAUUUAGAGCAAGAACAUAAGGCAAGCGAAGGACGUCAAUUGUUAAUUGAGUUUGCUGAUAUAAUUGCUCAAAAGGCAUUAAUUGAUGCGAGAAUUUCAAUCAUACGUGGCGAUACAGUUAAUGCGAAUUUACUUGUCGAACCUGACAUAUCAAAUGAGAAAGAGAAGAAAAGUCUGUACAGUCUCUCAACGAUGCAAAAAUAUGAAAAUUUAUUCGUUGAAUUAUCAGAAGAUAUGGACAUCAGCAAUACUGAUGACAUUUUAGCAGAAGCCGAUUUUAAUUUCAUGUUUAAAAACUUUGCAUUUGCAUGUUCUGUCAAUAAGCAGGAAAUGAAUGAUUUAUCGAAUGUCAUUAUUAAGCUUGAGGAAGUCCUCUUACAAGUCAACAAUAAGAUGAAUCCAAAUCUUAACAUUAAUCAUAUUCAAAAUCUUAAUUUGGAUAACAUCAAGAAUAUAUCGACGAAACUUAAUGAAUUUUAUCAGACUGCGGAAAAAAUCUCAUUUGCUGUAGAUAAAAUUUCAACAUCGCCGUGUCAAGAUUGUGAUAAAAUCCACGAGACAUUACUUGAGCUAACAAAUCAGCAUGAUGAGGAGAUUGAUAAUAUGAAGCGUAAACACUCCGAAAUGUUACUUACACUCAAUGAGCAAAUUGAUGAGCAAGCGACAUUGGUGAAGCAAUUGAGAUAUGAGCUAUCGCACAUGGAGAACAUGUGUCUAGAGAAAACAACGCAUGGCAAUGAGCUUAUGCAACAAUUAAAUGACCGAGAGGAGAAGAUUGAUGAGCUGACACAAAGGCUGUAUGACGAUAAAGAAAAAAUAAAUGAAAUGGAGAGAAAUUAUGAGCAUCUGUACGAGCAGUUUACUCGUGAACAGGAAAUUAACAAGAAAUUUGAGAAUAAAAUUGACUUAAUGGAGCUUGAGAAUUCAGAUAAGAUACAACAAUUGCAGCAAUAUUAUCAAGAACAAUUAAAGUCUGAGGAACAGUCUGAGAGAGAUAGGUCGGGCGAUGAGGAAGAUUUGCAUCAAAAGUAUCAGGCUGAAAUAGAGCAAUUAAGAACUCUUUGUGAGAAAGGUCUUGUGGCAAUUGAAUCGUCACAUAAACGAAAAAUAGCGGAUUUGGAAGCGAAACAUAAAUCAGAAAUUCAAAGGCUAUUUGUGGAAAAAGAGCAAGCGUUAGCCGAAGAAACGCAAGCAACGUUACAAGCACUCGAGUCAAUGCGUAAAGCUCAUCAAAAUGAGGUAGAACGGGAAGUUAAUAGAUUUAAACAAGAAUUUCUUCAUAAAUUUAAUAACGAUAAUCGUGAACAAUUGGAAUCGCUGGCUGCGGUCAAAACGGAGAAAGAACUCGACGAAGUUCGACAAGAAAUUCUAUCGCUUAGCGAAAAAUAUUCAUUAAAAUGCGUAGAGGCAAUUUCAUUGGAAGAAAAAUUGAGAAAUGUGCAGCAAAAGUUUAGACAUGCACAGCAGAUUAUUCAGAGUUAUGAAAUGAUGUCAAAAAAUCCAAAAUCCCAUCAGGAAAGUUUCAGUUCAUUAAAUUUAAGACUAGAUGAUAAUCUACCACAUGAAUCAAUAAAUCUUAAGAAUCAUGAAUCAUUACCUACAUCGCCAACAAGUGUACCACGUGACGAAUCCAAAGAAUCUAUUUUAAAUUUACCAUUAAUUCCUUUUAAACUUAAAGCUGAAAAAAAGCAUCAACGAACGAAAUUGAAUGAUGGAACAAAGCUAGGAUAUUCAGCAACAGCGUCAAUCGUAAAAGACGAUAAAGACCACACGCAACACGAAGCAGCUUCGUCUCCUUUAGAUUUGGAUUUAAAGGACAUGGAAAGAAGUUUCGAGUUGGAAAUUUGAGAAGAGAAAGAGCUGCAACUUCCUUUUUUUCUUCAUUCUUCUAAUCAUUUCAAAAAUAAAGAGAGAAAAAAAAAUUCUAAAUUUUUUUAAAUUAAUUGGUUUCAUUCAUAAAUUGUUUUGUGAUAAAGGAACGUGUCUUCUAAAACUAAAGCAAUAAUAACUUCUAUAUAUUAGAUGAUGACAUUGAUUAUUAAUCAUUUUUUUAUUUUAUAUUUCGUUUCCCUAUUUUUUUUUUAUCUAAAGAUGAGAAUAUAUUAUAAAAAAAAAUUGCGAUAUAUACGUAUAUAUUACUUAUUUUCAUUAUAUUAUUAAUGAGUUUUAGUGGCCAUGAUUUAGCUGUCAUUAAUUUUAUUGCUACAUUUUAAGUGUUAAAGAAUGAUUGUGCAUGCGUGUGUGUGUAUGGGUAGAACGAAAGAUGCGAGAGACAAGCCCUAUUUAUUCAUUGAAACAUAUAACUCCACAUAUUACCUACCUUUAGCUCCCUCAUCAUCGUUUAAUAAUAAAGAAAAGAAUGCAAAAUCAUUUUUCAUAUUGUUACUAUCCCAGUAUUGCGCUAGAAAAUGUUGUGUAAUAAAGGAAAUAAAAUAAAAAAGAUUUUUUUUUAUUAAAAAAG